UUAACUGACAUACCAUCUUUAUUUCAUUUCAGAUAAUAUCUACAGAAUGGGGGAGAACAAUGGGGAAGUUUUGUUUUCUGACUUGUCAGGUGACGAUUAUCAGAAACCGACUGAAAUAGAAAGUCUAUGUCUGAACUGUGGUAAAAAUGGAACAACUAAGCUUAUGUUGACCAGGAUUCCUCACUACAAGGAGGUGAUCUUAAUGAGCUUUAACUGCGCUGAGUGUGGGUUCUCUAACUCAGAACUACAGUCCGGAAGUAAGAUUCAGGAUAAAGGUCUCAGGAUCGAGGUAAGCGUGAGUACCCUCCGGGAUUUAUCCCGCCAGGUAGUUAAAUCUGAUUACGCUACUCUGAUUGUACCGGAGAUAGACCUACAGAUACCUCCGCUAUCUCAGAAGGGAGAUAUUACAACAGUCGAGGGAAUACUCACCAAGACUAUUGCUGGUCUGGAGCAGGAUCAACCUGUUCGUAAAUAUCAAGAUCCAGAAGGAUACAAUCAACUCCAGGAGUAUGUUUUGAAAAUAAAAAAUAUCCUGGAGUUGAAGCAGAAGUUUAGGAUAAUAGUAGAUGACCCAAGUGGAAAUAGUUUUAUUGAAAACCCCUUUGCACCUGCUGUAGACCCAACUAGGAUAGAGAGACAUUAUGUUAGAAGUACAGAACAGGAUCAUGAGUUGGGUCUGUAUACAGCUAAGGAGUUAAGAACCGAAGAGGAGGUUAAUGCCGAUAAUGCAGUCGGGGAUGCGCUCACAGAAGAAAAGCUGAAAGAAGAAGUUCUUCAUUUUAGCACAAACUGUCCAGACUGUAAUGCCCCAGCACAGACAAACAUGAAGAUUACAAAUAUUCCGUUCUUCAAAGAAGUUGUGAUAAUGGCAACUAUAUGUGAGAUGUGUGAUUCUAAAACCAACGAGGUGAAGAGCGGAGGAGGAAUAGAACCUAAAGGAAAAAAGAUCACUCUCAAGAUAAAUGAUCCCUCCGACCUAAACCGUGAUCUGCUGAAAUCUGAAACAUGUUCUAUCUCUAUACCAGAGUUAGAGUUCGAGAUGGGAGGUGGAGCAUUAGGAGGGAGGUUUACUACAGUAGAAGGAUUGAUGCACAACAUGUUGGAGGAAAUAGAGAAGAAUUCUAUCUGGGGAGCUGGGGAUGCUACUGCUCCUGAUGUUGCUGAGAGAAUGGAAGCUUUUAAGAAGCGUAUGCAUGAAUGUAUUGAAGCAAAGGAACCGUUUACAAUAAUUCUAGAUGACCCGGCCGGGAAUUCGUAUCUUCAGAACAUUUAUGCGCCGGAAGAAGACCCUAAUCUACAUAUUCUGGAUUAUGAGAGAUCGUAUGAGCAAAAUGAGGAUCUCGGCCUCAAUGAUAUAAAGACGGAGAAUUAUCAAGAAAACGCGUCCUAGUUCAUCUUGAUCCUGAUAUCCGAAAUUCCAAUUUACUCGAUUUCCUGAUUUCCUGCAUUGCUGAUAUCUUGAUUUCCCCGAUUUUCUAAAUUAAAAUCCUGAAUUCAGAUUCUUAGUCUUUCCAAAAGAAAAAUAAAUUUUUAUCCAUCAACCAUUUAUCUGUGAUGUUUUAAGGAUCAAUUUACAACCCACUCCACAAAUCCUUAUUGAAAUUUGAUAUCUUAAUUUUUUUUUAACAUUUUCAG